CAGCUGUGUUAAGAUUCAAACAUGUCAGACUUUACUGUUGUGUAGUUUUAUCUUUUUAAUAACAGGAUUCAUCACUCAAAACAGAAAUGAAUGGAUCAUUGAUGUGUAGAAAAAUAAAACCAUGUUGAAGCGUUUAAGCCAGAAGGAACUCGACCAUGAAGAGGAAAUAUAUGCACUUCUACUUUUAUGUGGCUUUAACAGGCAGCUUUGGGUGAGGAAGUCAGGCGAACAAUGCCUUUCCUAGGAACGCUAUUCAUUUUUGUGCUUCAGUUUGAAGUAAGUGUCUGUGCUGUGUAUAAAAUGGAGACCUACCGUCUGCUUGGGCAGGACGUAGUUUUGUUGUGUCAACUUCCUCAAUCUGACCCACAUUUUGAGGUUAAAUGGCGUCACGGCGGAGAAACUCUUGUGAUGAACGGGACGGUGACGGACGCUUCGUCUCGAGGAGGAAGGCUGAGUGUGAACAUUAACGGAUCUCUUAUCAUCAAGAAAGUUACGGCUUCAGACGCCGGUGUCUACACAUGUCAGUUUCCAAAGGUCACCAGCAGUUUGGACAAUUCGCUGUGUCUUCUGUCCAUCUCUCCAUCUCCACCAGAUUCUGAGUGUAAAAAGGACAAAGUCAUGGAUUUAAAUUGCUCUCUGAUUUGCAACCCCAUCUCAUGCCGAGAGGGCAGCAUCGUCUGGCUGAAUGAAACUGGAAAUGUGUUGCAAGAAAAGAAAGUUGGUCAGAAGUUGGAUACAGGCUGCAGUUCAGUUCUCGCUGUGAACCGUCUGAUGGGAAACUACAGGAGAUACAGCUGUCGGUUUGUUCAGAAAGACAAGGUCCAGGCGGAGGUUCACUACACGCCUGUCUUCUCAGAUUCCACAGACUGGCCCGUUCCGAGCUCCAUCCUGCUGGUUCUGCGCAUCGCAGGACUGAUCCUGAUGAUCUGUGUUGUUGUUUACAUCAGAACCAGAGGAAGCAAGAAGCCACCGAAGGACAUCAAUGUUCAUUUCGUCUGCAGAGAGGAUUCACUGAACUAUGAAAAUAUUGAAGUUUUUUCUUCUGCUUCUCUGCGUCUCCACCAGAGUGUAAAAAGGAUGAAAUCAUGGAUUUGAGCUGCUCUCUGGUGUGCUCUCGCACCAACUACUGCUCGUCUCCAGAGGGCAGCAUUGUCUGGCUGAAUGAACCUGGAAAUGUCCUGAAAACAGAGUUGAGUUGAAGAGAGACUCAUUGUGAAUUGUCUGAUGGGAAACUACAGAAGAUACACGUGUCAGUUUGUUCAGGAAGAUGAAGUCAAAGCAGAGGUUCACUACACUUCCGUCUUCUCAGGUUAAUUACACACAUUCAUCAUUUUCCAUGUAUGAGCUGCACUGCUGGAAACCAUCAACCAAAACAUGAAGCAAGAAGCCACCGAAGGACAUUAAUGUUCAUUUUGCUGCAGAGACGAUUCACUGAAAUUAUUGGAGUCUCUUCUUUUCCUGUCAGUCACUGAUCUUCAUCACAUCAGGCUUUACAUAUGAGCUUCAACUAUUUUAAGUGUUUAAUGCUACAUCACUAUUUAAAUGUUACAAUGCUGAUAUAUCCAGGUAUUCUUUUGGUUUUGGACAGAAUAAACUGAGGCAGAUGAACCAACCUGUAAUCUCUCAGGUCAGGAAAUCUGUUAAAACUGAUUGUUGACACUGUGGUUGUAUGAAUGUAUGACAGAUAUAUUCAUGUUACUGGCUGUGAAAAUGCCUUGUAUUAAAUCCAGAUAUAUUAGCA